AGCAUCCCAAAAAAAAAAAGUUAAAGCAGGACAUCUGUCCAAACCUCAUAGUCUACCGACACGCCUAAAACUUAAGCUUCCAAAGGCCGACAUGUAACACUCAACCAAUAAUAUUUUCCAAAUCCAUCAAUCUCUUACUCUAUAUAUAAAACUCAAAGGUCCUAUCACAACCCCAAAUCCUUCUACACUCUCCUAAACUUUGAUCAAACAAAUCUGUUGCUUCUUCAUCGAUCUUUCCUCAUUUUGUUUGACACUUUUGCUAAUUGCUUUUAUUUGCUGCAACCAAUAUGACUGGUGGUAUUGGAGUUCCAGCAUGUGUUCAAUGUGGCACUCAUAGCAACCCAUGCAGGUGCAAGUUUGUUGGCCCAACACUUGGGUUCUUGGCUUUUGUUGUUACUGCUAUUGUGGAAUGGCCUGUGGGGGCUUUGGUUUAUUGCUUUCGCCACACGAAGGGUCGUCGUAUUAUGGCUCAUCCUGCUGCAGUGGUUUACCCUUGUGUCUCUAAUAAAAUUCCCAUAUGAUUGGUGAAAACUAGCUUCUGUUUGGUUUUUUUGUAAUGUGUAACUGUGUGUGCCUAUGUUUUCUGUUUUAAUCUGCUUGUAAAAAUAUAUAUAUCUCAGUUUGUGUGUAUGUGCCCUUCUUUUAUAUGAUAAAGGUCACUUCUUGUCCGAAUUAAACACUGCUUCCGUGAAGGGAAUAGAUGCGCUGAUGCCUUAGCAAGAUUGGUUCCAACCAAACAGAGGAUUUUUGUGUUUUUCGAAGUCCGCCUGUGGACAUUGUUGAGCUGCUAAAAGCUGAUUCUGAUGGCUUGUACUUAAAUAGACUUUGUACUAGGCCUAUUCUGGCUGUUUAGUUCUA